AGCCUCUCCCCCACCCCCACCCCCCCCCCUCUUUUUCGAUGGCACCAAAACGUUCAAACCCCAUUGAAGUCCCACCAGCCGCUUCUUCCUCUGAAGAAGAUGAAGAGGUGACUUCUUCUGAGGAAGAAGAAGAAGGGUCUUCAACUGAGGAAGAAGAUGAGGAAGACCCCAAAACCGAGUCAACUCCAUUGAUCCAAAAGAGCCCACCACCCAGAAAGCCGGAAACCGCUACGCCUGGCGUCGUUAACGAUGAAUCUGAUGAAUCCGGUUCUGAUUCCGAAUCCGAAUCCGACACCGCUACACCGAAUGUUAAACCUCUUGCGACGAAACCUAUGGAGGAAAGUUUGAAUGCAAAGAAACCCAGAUCUAAUAAGCCCUUGACUUCUCCCAUUAGGGCUUCUUCAUCUAAACGGCCUGGGGAGUUGGAGUUGGAUGCUAAAGAAGCCAAACGACCCAAGAAGAAGGUUGGGGAAGAAGGGUUGGCUACAACACCUGCUGUGGAGGAGGUGAAAAAGACUGGUGAAGAUGCAAAAAAGCAGCUUUUUCAGCGGUUGUUCAGUGAAGAUGAUGAGAUUGCUUUGUUGAAAGGUAUGUUGGAUUAUUCUGCUAAAAAAGGGGCUGACCCCUGUGCUGAUAUGAAUGCAUUUUAUAAUUUUGUCAAGAAAUCGAUUCAUACUGAUGUUACCAAAGCACAAAUGAUGGAUAAGAUUAGAAGGUUAAAGAAAAAAUUCGAAAACAAUGCUGGUAAGGGUAAAAAGGGCGAGGAUCGAACUUUCUCUAAGGCCCAUGAGCAGAAUGCUUUUGAGUUGUCGAAAUUGAUUUGGGGAAAAGAAGGGAUUAGUGGAAAAGUUGAGUCUUCAGCUGCUAAGUCGAAUGGGAAAGCCAAGGGGAAUAACAAGGCAGUGGUUGCAUUGAAAGCAGAGUUUUCUUCACCCGAUAAGAAAACAUACGAUGCAGUGCCAAUAGAGGCCGAUAAGGUGGUGUCUAAGAGUUCUGGUAGUUUGUUUGAUAAGAGAUUUGGUGUCUCUGACAUGGAAGAGGCAGUUGUAAAGCUCGGGUUGGAUAUGGUUGAUGGUGAAAAGAAGGCGGCUUUGGAGGCGAAAUGGAGGAAAUUGCAAAUUGCGCAGUUGGAGCUGUUUGUGGAGCGAAGUGAAUUGGUCACUGAGCAAGCUAAGUUGGUGCUGGAAUAUUACAAGUCUGAAGAAAAAUAGAGUGCUAGUAUAAUAAGUAAUGAUAUUUUUAUAUGCAUUUUAAAGAAAUGUUUAAACUUUUGUGCUUAUUAGAUAAGUAAGCUGCCUGUAUGUUGCCAAUCAUGGGGGGUAUCUGUAGCUCAAAAUAUUGGUAACUUUGGGAUAAUAUUUAUCUCUUGCAUAGAGAGUAACUUAUGGAGCUGCUUCUUUGUUUGUUGGUCGCUUAUAUGCGUUAUAGGUCGCUAUUAAGCAUAUUUUGUUAUGUUUGGAAUUGCUUAAUCCUUUUAUUUUAUUUUCUUUGUCUCUAA